AGCAGCAAUGAGAGAGCGCAUUCCAGCGCGCUGGCCCCACCGGGCUACACAAUAAGGGGUGGGGAACUGCACUGGAUAUUUAACAAAUCAGUGAUCUUAACUCCAACAUCAGCUCGGUUCUUGCUUAUCGAGAGAGAAUCCGAGGAAGGAGAUUGUUUAUGGCGGAACGGAAGACUGAGAGCCUGAAAGUCCUGCUGCUCGACCUCUACUUUCCUGCUUCCAUUUUAUCAGCUGGAAGAUUGAGCUGAAGAUACCGCGCCUUGUCCGCUCUUGUCCUUCUCCCAGUCCCCAUAGCUUCUUUUCUUACAAUACCUUCUCUUUUCUCCCCACUGAAGUAAGACUAAGAGCUAAGAGUAAGGAACUGAGACUAGUUUACUUCAACUUUGUGUUGUACUUGAAAAGUUUUGCAGUGGUUUGUCACCGACGCUGAGCAGGAGCAGGACUGAUGUGGUGAACGCUGUGCUGCACAUCUGGCGCAGGAGCAGCUCUACGAGUCGUUUCUAACCUGCUUGAAAGAAAGAAUGGUCUAAGGUUAUUUCAUUUAGCCAGGAUCAAUUCGAUUUAAUGGCAGAAUGUGGCCUAAAAGUGCUGUUUCGUGAGCAGAUGGAGUGUUGAUCUGUCAGAGGAAGAGGAAUAUCGAGGAGCAAAAGCUGAGAGAUGGAGUCUGCUGCAGGAUUCCUGCUACCGCUCACUUUGAUGGCUUUAAGAGUGAGUACAGUUCACACAGCCCACAGCACAGACAGAAAGGUGACCUGCGCAUGUGAAAAUGGAUGUACAGACACUUGUACAGGGCAUGUCUGCUUCUUCACCUGGAACGAUGGGCAGGUUGUGAGGGGCUGCUUUGAGAAGGAGCAGCGGGAGCAGUGCAUAGUCUCUGGUAUCCCCAACGUGUUCGCCGAGUGUUGCUAUACUGACUACUGCAACAUCAACAUAACAUUACCCCCGAAAUCAGAAGAGCCAGGUGACUCUGGCAGUGUGAUUGUGCUGGUGGCCGUGCCUCUGCUGGUGCUCCUUUUGUUGUCCAUAGCAGUGUGUGUCUUUGUGUUGUGGCUACGCUCCAAACGACUGCGGGAAAGUGACCCCCCCAUGCUCAAAGUGCCCAGUGGAGGAGACCCAACCUACGGGGAUAUCUUUGAUGAGUUUUGCACAUCAGGUAGUGGGACCGGACUGCCUUACCUGGUGCAGAGGACCAUGGCUCGGCAGAUCUCCUUAGUGGAGUGUGUUGGUAAGGGGCGUUAUGGAGAGGUGUGGAGGGGCACGUGGAUGGGGGAGAGCGUGGCUGUGAAAAUCUUCUCAUCUCGAGAUGAACAGUCCUGGUUCAGAGAGACUGAAAUCUACAACACUGUCCAGUUAAGACAUGAAAACAUCUUAGGAUUCAUUGCCUCAGACAUGACGUCGAAGAACUCUAGCACGCAGCUCUGGCUGGUGACUCAUUUCCACGAGCUGGGCUCUCUCUAUGACUUCCUGCAGUACAACACCUUGGAUCCCGAGGCAUGUUUGUGCAUGUGCCUGUCGAUAGCCAGCGGCCUGGUACACCUUCACACAGAAAUCCUCACCACUCAGGGCAAGCCGGCCAUCGCCCACCGUGACCUCAAAAGCCGCAACAUCCUGGUGAAGAGGAACGGCCAGUGCUGCAUCGCUGACCUGGGUCUGGCUGUCAUUCAUUCUCAGUCCAACGAUUACCUGGACGUAGGGAACAACCCAAGGGUGGGCACCAAACGCUACAUGGCCCCUGAGGUCCUAGAUGAGAGUAUCCGUGUGGACAUCUUUGAAUCAUACAAGCAGACUGAUAUCUGGGCUUUGGGACUGGUUUUGUGGGAGAUCACCCGCCGAACCAUCGUAAAUGGAAUUGUCGAGGAGUAUCGCCUGCCUUUUUUUGACGUGGUGCCCUCCGACCCCAGUUUUGAAGAGAUGAAGAAAGUGGUGUGUGUGGACCAGUACAGGCCUUGCCUUCACAACCGACUGCACUCCCAUCCGAUUCUGUCUGCUAUAGCUAAAAUCAUGAAGGAGUGCUGGUUCCAGAGUCCCUCAGCUCGUCUCACUGCCCUGCGUGUGCGUAAGACCCUGGCAAAGCUGGACCAAGACCAAGACUGCAGCAUAGACAAACUCAAACUGGAUGUCUAGAGGUCUGUUCCUGUUUAAUGGACCCAAGUUGUAGAACAGGUGCCAGAACCCCUCUUAACCUCGUGUGCCCUUUAAGAGCAGUUGAUUCCUGGUGCUUCAGACAAUGAGGCCACAAAGCUGAUGGAUUGACUGAACUCAGAGCUGUGCUUCUCCUCUGGACUGCAAUAUCACUGUUGAAGGAUUUACUGCAUUUUUUCAACACAGUGACUCAGUUGUAAGCGAAAGCUAAGCCAUGGCUGAAAGUACUCCUUAGGGUCGAGAGAUUUGCACAUGUUUUUCUGUCAGUGUUUUUUAUGAAUGUGUUUGUCAGGAUAUGAGCCAUACUGGACUUCCCAGCGGAGGAGUUUCCUGAAAUUCCUUCAUGUCUCCUCUUGAGUUCUGAAUGCCUUAAAUGAGGACACCAUGUACUUUGUCCCACCAUGUACAUUUUAUCCAUUCCGUAGUUAUGACGAAAAAAUAUUUGGAGUGACCAUAUAUUAAAUAUAUAUUCAUGAAUGCAUACUGAUAUAAUAACACACAUGCAAUAUUCAUUCAAAUGUAGAAGUUAUAUCUUAUUGCUAAAUAACUAUGUUUCACACUAGAGAUAUUUUAUGUGGUAUAUCCAGAGCUGACCCUUUGCAACCCUUAACAACAUGCAAUGUAUACACAUCUUGCAUUCUUCAGGGCAUUCUGGUGCCCCUUAGUGACUGCUUAUACCACUUAUAGCUAGAAAUGGCCAUGGGUAUAUCUUUUUAUAAUGUGUUUUAUAUUUGUAAAAGACUUAUUUUGUACUGUUUUUUGCACAAAAGAACUAUAUUUCUCACCCAAAAUACUGGUAUUUAACAAAAAAUAAAAUUUUUAUAUUUAGGUUAUUCAA